AUGGAGGCUACAUCAUUUGAGACAGGAGAGAAUUGGGAAAUUUACAAAGACGCAUUUGAACCACAGCCCUCGGGAAAAAUAUUAAAAGCCUGGGAACGAGCACCCGUCACCUCACACGCCCCGCGUUUACACGGCCAGAAAAUAUGGAAAAAGAGAGGUGGGCUACGCGGUGGGCAAGAGAACAAGGAGAAUUAUCAUGAGGCGUUUAUGGAGCUAGAGAAAGAGGGCGCGGGAGCGAGAAAAAAGGCAAGGGUGGUAGGAAUCAAAGAGGAUAUUUCGAGAGCGAAGUGGCUUGAGGGAAAAGAUGAGAGGGAGACAUGGGAUGAAAACCUGAUGAUGGGCAGUGCUAGUCCGAAGAAGAAUGCAUUAGGUACUCCUAAUAAAUUACAGGUGGUACCCAGGAAGAGAACGAAUGCGAAUUUGGUUAUCACGCCUAGGAAAUCGUCGAGGCAGACGGUGUUGGGUGAGAAGGGUCAAGCUUUGAAUAUGGAGCUGUCGCUCUCUCCAGUGAAGGAUAAGGAGGUGAAUAGUAGCCCGAUUAGGAAGAGAAAGAUAGCGAGGAAGAGCAUGACAAAGUCGAUGAUGCCAGUGGAGAAUUUCCAAAAGCUUGAUGAGGAGAAGCAUCACAGGCGACACACUUCUUUAGUAUUCGAUUUCGAAAUGGCUACUGGGGAGAAGGAAAUGGAACCGAUACAAGGAUUGGAGAAAUCGCCUAAGAAAACAUCGAAGAGACAAAGCCUUCGAAGAUCAAUGCGUGGAAGAGUUUCAGAGCCGGUUCAGGUGCUUGAGAAGGCCCUGACGAAAGAUGACAAGAAACGAACCUCACAUGUUGGACUCAAUUUUGCUUCUCUAGAAGAAGGAACCGUUGGAAGUCAAGCGGGCGCUAUAGAGGUAGACCACAAACAAAAUGCAUCCUCCAAAAAAGACAAGUCUCAAGGCACAGCACAUAGCUCAAUCCCAGGAUCAAUCAAGGAGCAGGAUAUAUUACCUACCCCUCCCCAAAUCAAACCUUUUCAUGCGAAACCAGAGAGCGCACAAGCCCAGAUCGAGGAAAUUUCUACCCAAAAGACUACUAGAGGCGCCAAGCAAAAGAGAACAAGCUCACGUCGAAGCACACGUUCAAGUGAUCGACUGGAGCUUGAGUCAGCCAUUAAAAAGCCUCUUCCUGUGGAGAAUAUAGAAGUCAUCACUUCAACCACUCGUGCGACUGAUAGUCAAGAUUCCGCGCCCUUGGAGCCGUCACAAAACACUGAUGAUAUUCUGAGAUCCACACCAACUCCCGCACCAGAUCUCAAUCUUCAGGAUACAGUUCAAGAUGCUGCGGCUGAAGAGAUGGUUGAAUGCCAAGAAGAGUUAAGCAAUGCUGAAGUGCCAAUUUCCGUCAAAGAAAUAAAUCACAUCGUUGAAGAACUUCUUGAGCAGUCCGUCACCUCUAACGACAAUUCAAGAAGUAUUGAGUCACAAGCGCCCAACAACGAUUCAUCAGAUGAAUUACCGGCUAAUAUUUAUCGACAACAAGCUUUCAGCAACAUUGAAGACAUCAAACCAGCCAAUGAGAGCCGCACGACUCACGUGGCUCCAUUAGAAGAAGGAACUCCCGAUGACGAAGAUAUGGAUGAUUCCAUGUCGGAUCUUCCUGAAGUAUUAAUUGAACCUACUGACAAUGUUGCCAAUCCUGAACUGUCUGGUUCGGAUGAAUCAUUUAAUAACAAUACCAACGAAAUGCAGAUUGCCACAGAAUCUGAACCUAUCGAUGAUCAUGAGUCUUUUGAUUUGAUGCCUGUCAAUAGUCUACACACCGAUAACCAGUCUGAUGAAUCUAAUCACGGUUUCACACCAGCUGAAUCCACGGCGGCAUUUGCCACAACGUCUGAAGCUGACGACACUUUCUCGAUAAAUGCUACCUCAUUCGAAAACGAUGAUACAGAUAUACUUCGCCAAUUCCUUACCAGAGUCAAGGCAGAUAAAGCUGCAAAGGCUGCAGCGCCCGCUCCCAAAAAAAGAAAAUCAUUGCCACAUUCACCUCUUCGAAUUCCAUUGGGAGAUAUUAUGAAUGCAGAAGCAUCAUCACCAGUUCAGACGCCAAGAGAUGACUUUGACCUUAGCGUUCCAGAAACAGCAUCACCUUCGCGCAAGAGUCGUGCCACAACUCCACCAUCUACAGAGGAAGUAGAGGCAGAAGCUAGGUCUAUCAGACGUAGUGGAAGAACUCGUCCGCCUGUCCUUAAAAUUCCUCUGCCAGCACCCAGUUCCAUUCCAGUUCGAAGGCUUGGUGGACAGGACGAUACGACCGUUACUCUCAAGCAAAGUGUUGAAAAGGAAUUGGCCGCUUUAACUCGUGUCAACACUAGGAAGAAUAAAGCGGGUGCUGUUUUUCCAGAAGUACUUCUAGCGAGAAAAGCGGAUGCAAAAGAAAAUCCUGCCAAGAGGCAAAAAGAGUUAAAGGAGAUGUUUGAAGAGAAACUCAGGAGAGAAAAGAAAGCUAAAGGCAAACCGAAGAAGUCAGUGGUAUGGGCGGAAGAAAUUGCUCAGUAUCAAACUUUGGAGAGGAAAGAAAGGAAGACGAUGGAGAGUAGAAAGGUUAAUAAGAGUGGCGAGAGGAUUGUAGAUGAAAGUAAAACUGAGGAAAAGGGGAAAGUCGCAGAAGCGAAGGACAAGAAGGGGAGAGUCAAGACGCAUACAAGUUCUAGUUCAAGACCGAGCAAGAUCGCCACUGGUAUCCCUACUGCUAGUGGUACGCCAGCUAAGAAGAAGAGAGUGGUAAAGUCGUAG